UGGAGUCACGUCGGCCGCGGCGCGGCGUGGUCUCUGGGCCGGCGCGGGUGGAUGGAGGUCAUCGAAGGUGUCUGCGCCGCCGGCCUCUCGGCCAGGGGAGACACGGUUGCUGAGCGUGGGCACCCGGGCGAGCGAAGGUGCGGAUGGGGAAGGACUUUAUAGGAUCACUUGCUAGGAAGUUCUAUCUACCUGUUCCUGUGGGUCAUCAUGGCCGCUCGCCUAGUAAAGCGAUGCACGUGUCUCUUGAGAGAAGCUACCCGCCUCAUCCCUGCCACAGCUCCAGUUGGCCCACUGAGACUUUCUGGGGUGACCCAAAGGACUUUGACCAUUUCGGCCCCCUCACCCAGUUCCCACUCCUCAGGUUCUUUAAAAGAGCUAGUAGACAAGGAGCAAGUGUUUACUCCUUACCCAGAGCACCAAGAGGUGGACCACCUCAUUGAGAAAGCCACCAGGCCAGUGGAGCUAUUGCAGCUACUGAAUGGUAGCCACAGCUUGCAUCACAAUCACCGGGCCCUCAUAGUCAUCCAGCUCUCACGCCUCCUGUCUGGAAAGCCAGAAGAAAAGGUCUUGCUUAUACAGGAUGCCCGCUUCCAGCAACUUCUCCAUCUGCUCGACAGUCAGAUAUCCUCAGUGUGGCACGGUACCCUGGUGAAGCUGCUGCGUAGCUUGUACACACUGCCACUCCCCAAUACUUCCAAGGAGCUGCGGUCAGUGGAGCAGGAGGUUCGCUGGCGCCUACGGAGACUUAAAUACAAGCACUUGGCUUUCUUGGCCGAGUCCUGUUCCCUUGUGAAGGAGAAGCACUCCCAGGAGCUGUUGGCUGAGCUGCUGGUGCACAUGGAGAGGCGCUGGACAGAGAUCGAAGAUGGCCGCACGGUGGUUGCCAUUAUGAUGAAGGCAGGGCACCUCUCAGAGUCAUUGAUGAACCGCCUGGAAGACAAGUGCCUGGAGCUGGUGGAACAGUUCAGCCCUGACGAGAUGCGGAAAGUGUUGCUGACGCUGGCAGCUCAGAAUCGGCGGUCCGUGCCGCUGCUGCGGGCCAUCUCCUAUCACCUGGUACAGAAGCCCUUCCAGCUGACCAAAGGCAUGCUCCUGGACCUGGCCUACGCCUAUGGUAAACUCAGCUUCCAUCAGACCCAAGUGUCCCAGCGCCUGGCUGCUGACCUACUGUCCCUCUUGCCCAGCCUGACCCCCAGUGAGGUGGCCCACUGUGCCAAGUCCUUCGCUUUGUUGAAGUGGCUCAACCUGCCCUUGUUUGAAGCCUUUGCCCAGCACCUCUUGAAGAGAGCUCAGGACAUCACCCUGCCUCAUGUGUGCAAUGUACUUUUGGCUUUUGCCCGUCUGAACUUCCGUCCAGAACAAGAUCACUUCUUCAACUUGGUGCAUGAGAAGCUGGAGCCAGUCUUGAUGAGCCUGGAGCCAGCUCUGCAGGUGGACCUGGUGUGGGCCCUGUGUGUGCUGCAGCAGGUGCAGGAGGCAGAGCUGCAGGCUGUCCUCCACCCUGGAGUUCACAGGCAAUUUCUAGCAAGCAAGUCUCCAAAGGACCAGGGCACCUUUCAGAAGCUGCUCCACAUCAAUGCCACCGCCCAGCUGGAGCACCCUGAGUACAGGGGGCCCCUCCUGCCAGCCUCUGCUGUGGCCUCCCUUCCCCUCACCCCUGCCAGGAAGGUGACUCCCCUGCAGAAGGAUCUGCAGCAGACCCUGAAGGCAUUGCUUGGAGAAGCUGACCGGGGAAGUUUUGAGGUGGCCACACAGUAUGGAUGGGUGCUAGAUGCAGAGGUGCUGCUGGAUACUGAUGGCCAGUUUUUGCCCCUGAGGGAUUUUGCCUCACCUCACCUUGCCCAGCCAGUUGGGAGCCAGCCACUGCCCCCAGGAGCUAAAAGGCUCGCUUUCCUGCGCUGGGAGUUCCCCAACUUCAACAGCCGGAGCAAGGAUUUGCUGGGCCGAUUUGUUCUGGCCCGGCGCCACCUUAUGGCCGCAGGCUUCUUGAUAGUAGACGUCCCAUACUAUGAAUGGCUGGAUCUCAAGUCUCAAUGGCAGAAGGGUGCCUACCUUAAGGACAAGAUGCGCAAAGCAGCAGCAGAGGAGCUGGCCAAGUGAGCUGUCAAUCACCUCAGCCUGGACCACAUGCCAAGGGACUGGCCGUGCUGGGGCCCAGCAGUUUGAGUGCUGGCAGGCAAGAGCUGUCACCUUGGAGGAUGUGCAUCUCAGUACAGGGCUUUGGCCAGAGUGAGGGGUGCCAACAGCUCUUAAGAGACCAUAAGAUGAUCCUGUCCUGGGUAAUAAUAAAUCAUUUAUUUUGGUGUGUAGCACCAAGCAGC